AUGGCUGCAAUUUCAUUUUUCUUGCUGCAGCAGCAGCAGCAGCUGUCGUCUUGCUUGAAGAAGAAGCUGAGGAAGAGGAGGAAAAGACGAUAUUGGGUGCAUCCAGUCACUGCAGAUACACAACAGAGAGGGCAGUUCUGGGUGCUUUACAAUGAGCUGCGAGCAAAUGACGGAAAGUUUUUGAAGUACACAAGGAUGUCUGCGCUAAGUUUCGACACAUUGCUGGGUUUACUUAGCAGCCAACAUCAGCAACAGAACACAUCCUUCAGGGGCCGCAUUCCACCUGCUGGGAGGCUACUUAUCAUCUUGAGACCUAACAUUCACGAAUAUAAAAGCAUCCCGGCGAUGAUCACUGCUGUCAAUGAGAUUAACAAGAACCCCGACCUUCUGCCCAACGUUACUCUGGGCUAUCGUAUGUUUAGUACUUGUAAUGAUCCAAAGAAAACUUUGGCAAAUGUCCUACAGAUAUUGUCUGGAGAAAAGGAAGCUCCCAACUAUUACUGUAAGGGACACGUAGAAGUGGCCGGUUUUAUUGGGGACAGUACUUUUCAAUCAAGCCAAGCGCUGGCCCAGCUACUUAGUGUGUAUCAGUAUACACAGAUCAUUUAUCGAGUCACUGACCCUCUCCUGAGUGAUAGAAAAAUGUAUCCAACUUUAUUCCGUAUGACACCAGAUGAUCGGGCUCGUUAUAGAACGAUUAUAACAUUUGUGCAGCACUUUGGGUGGAACUGGGUUGGAAUAAUAACUUCAGGAGACGGCAGCGGUGAGGCGGAAUCCCGAGUUCUGACCUCCCCAAAAGUACAGAUCAGGCCAAGAACAGAUCAGGCCAAGAACAGACCAGGCCAAGGACAGACCAGUCCAAGGACAGACCAGGCCAAGGACAGACCAGGCCAAGGACAGACCAGGCCAAGGACAGACCAGACCAAGGACAGAACAGGCCAAGGACAGACCAGGCCAAGAACAGAUCGACCCAAGUAUAGAUUAAGCCAAGAACAGACCAGACCAAGGACAGACCAGGCCAAGAACAGACCAGGCCAAGGACAGACCAGGCCAAGGACAGACCAGGCCAAGGACAGACCAGACCAAGGACAGACCAGGCCAAGGACAGACCAGGCCAAGGACAGACCAGACCAAGGACAGACCAGACCAAGGACAGACCAGGCCAAGGACAGACCAGGCCAAGGACAGACCAGGCCAAGAACAGAUCGACCCAAGUAUAGAUUAAGCCAAGAACAGACCAGACCAAGGACAGGAAAAGGAAAAAAACAAGAUCCUUGUUUACCUGGAAGUAGAAGAAAGUUUGGAUCUUUCAUUCACAAAUGCUGCUAUGAGUGCGUCUCAUGUCCAGAAGGAGAGAUCUCUAACAUUUCCGACAGUGAAAACUGCAUGAAAUGUCCUGAUGAUGAUUGGCCAAAUGAGAAGAAGGAUUGGUGUGUUCCAAGAGUGGUGGAAUUUCUCUCCUACACUGAUGAUCCCAUUGUUGGAGUAUUUUCAGCUGUCUCCAUCCUCUCUUGUCUUCUGACUGGUUUAAUAUUGGUGAUAUUUAUACAUUACCAGGACACCCCCAUUGUUAAAGCCAAUAACCGUGACCUGAGCUAUCUUCUGCUGGUCUCCAUCAUGCUGAGCUUCCUCUGUGUCUUCUUGUUCCUCGGCCAUCCAGUAGAUGUGACCUGCAUGCUCCGUGUCACCUCUUUUGGUGUCAUCUUCUCAGUUGCCGUCUCUUCUCUACUUGCCAAAAGUAUCAUGGUGUGUAUUGCUUUUAAAGCCACCAAACCUGGGAGUCCCUGGAGGAAAUGGAUGGGAGCCAAACUGUCCAAUUUUAUCAUUUGUGUCUUCUCACUGGUCCAAGUCCUAAUCUGUGUCACUUGGUUGUCUAUUUCUCCCCCCUUCCAGGAUCGGGACACUUACUCUUAUCAGGGGAAGAUCAUCAUUCAGUGUAAUGAGGGUUCAGUGAUCGGCUUCUACUCUGUCCUGGGAUAUAUGGGGCUUCUGGCAGCUGUGAGCUUCAUUAUUGCUUUUUUAGCCCGGACAUUACCAGACAGUUUUAAUGAGGCCCAGUACAUCACCUUCAGCAUGCUGGUGUUCUGCAGUGUCUGGAUUGCCAUGAUCCCGGCCUAUCUGAGCACCAGAGGGAAAUACAUGGUGGCUGUGGAGGUUUUUGCUAUAAUGGCCUCAAGUUCUGGACUUCUUGGCUGUAUAUUUUUCCCAAAAUGUUACAUAAUUCUGUUCAGACCCGACCUGAAUACAAAACCAUUUAUCCACCACUAA